GAGUGGUCACGUCAAUAAACCCUCCUCCAAUGAGCAGAGAACUCUUGGAAAAAUCAGCAAAACUUAAGCAACGAUUGUGAGAACUCGUCGCAACAGAUGUCGUUGGUGGAUUUGGAAUCUCCGUCGACAGUCAUCGAUGGCUUGACACCUCAGGGUCCCGACGAAUGGGCCACUCUGAACACUUUAGAUGAGCCCAUAAUGACAACCGUGAUGCGGGACGCUCGAAGCAUCGUGAACAAGUUCGUCAAUGUUUACACGCCCAAGAAGCAAAAACAACUUUUACGGGAUUGGGAUCUCUGGGGCCCUCUUAUGAUAUGUGUCGUCCUCGCAGUGAUAUUACAGACUUCCGCGGGGAGUUCGAAUUCGGAGGCGGUGCCGCAUUUCGCCGAGCUUUUCGUUAUGGUUUGGGGUGGAGCAGCGUUGGUUACGUUGAAUACCAUACUCAUGGGUAGCCAGCUGUCCUUCUUCCAAGGAUUAUGCGUGCUCGGGUACUGUCUGUUGGGACAGUGCAUCUCGCUCAUUGUGUGCAAGGCUCUCCCAGCCAUCAUAGGUAACAAAAUGGCCCUGUUCUUGGUGACGGUAUCCGCGACCAUGCUCGGAUGCGUCUGGAGCAUCGUCGCUGCAUCGGGGACUUUCUCGGGGCUAUACGAGGAUCACCGAACGAUUCUAGUCAGAUACCCGAUCGUGAUAUAUUAUCUCCUAAUAUCUUGGUUGAUACUGUCCUGGUCCAAUCCGCACUGUUGAAAAUCUGAUGAUGACGUCGAGAGUGAGCAGAACCCAAACCGAGAUGUUGACUAGUAUACCUCUGUAAAUAUGAAGUGGAAUAAGAAUGGAAGAUCGAUAUGUCUGUGA